AUGAUUGUCGAGGAGCUGCUUGCCGCCGCCGCUGCAUUAUUUUCGCUCCUCGUCAGGAGAACACCCCUUCAUGAAGACAAUGACGAGGAGUGCAGCGGCGACGAGUUUGCUAUGGCUUUGCUCAUAGCAAAGUUGGAGAGGCACGAUCGACACAGGGUGCCUUUGUACGUCGAACGUGUCGUGCCGACUUACCUUGACUUCGAGUUUCGGAAGUUGUUUCGGCUCUCGAGAAGCACCUGUGGAGCUCUCGUGGAGGAGUACCAACGAUCGAACUUCUAUCCUGAAGGAUUUCGAGGCCGCCCUAAAAUAUCGGCCGAGAAGACGCUUCUGGUGGCGCUUGCGUACCUAGGUACGCAACAAACGAUGUACCAGAUCGCAGACAAGUUUGACGUCAGCGAGUCGACGGUACAUGCAGCUAUCAGCCGUGUGCUGGACUUUCUGGACUCCAUCAGCGCUCGGGAGAUUUGCUGGCCAGACCGGAACGAGAGAGAGCGGAACAAGCGCGCUUUCAAGACGCUGGUUCGCCGCCGAUCGGGGCUCCCGGACGUUGUCGGUGCCAUCGAUGGAUGUCAUGUCCGCAUUGCUAGACCAACGGAGUCGGAACAAAGCUACUACAACCGCAAGAAGUUCCACUCGAUAAUUCUGCAGGGGAUCUGCGAUGCGGACAUGAUGUUCAUCGAUGUCUUCAUUGGCAUUCCCGGGAGAGCUCACGACUCCCGAGUGCUCCAGGACAGCUUCUUCUACGAAGAAGCAGCGGCGAAGUGCGAAGGAGGCUACCUCGUGGGAGAUGCUGCGUACCCGCUGAAGAUGUGGUUGCUGCCAUCAUACCGCCAUACGACGGCGAAAUGGGAGCCUUGGAUGACGGCGUUCAACUACGCCCACACCAGACAGCGAGUGGUCAUUGAGCAGGCCUUCGGAAUUCUGAAGGCCCGCUUCCAGAGGCUCUACCACAUUGACGUCGGCAGCAUCAAGCAGGCAGUGCAAAUUGUGCUUGCAUCCUGUGUGCUGCACAACAUGGCUCGACGAUGCGGUGACAUCGUGGAAUUCGACUUGGAGGUGAGCGACAGCGGCACUGAUGUAUCGUCUGCCGAGCCCGCCGAAGGCGACGAUCCACCUACCCGCUCUGCCGCAGCAUUCCGCGAUGGCAUCGCCCAGAGCCUGUUGUAGCACGCAUGGAGGCAUAAUCUCCUCAUGAUAUUGUUUUGUCUGAAUUUCGGCAGUACACUUUUGUUCAGCCAGUUCUUAACAGUUGCUUUUCGAAUAGUUCUGUGCAAAUAAUCAAGCACAUGUUACAUUUGUCAAAGUCGCUCUGACGUCAUACAAACUUGGAAAGUAUUUGAAAAGAAUGAAUAGACAUAUUCCACGACAUGUAACCUGCCCUAAAGAUGGUUUCACUGUGCAACCUACCUGCUUUGUCGGGAAACCACCUUGUCAGGGGGAAUUCCGUACCGCCGCGAAGUCUCACUUCUGUAUUUCGUUCACUUUUCUUUUUAUCAGCGUCUUAUGACGUCCAAGUAUGAGAAAUUUUUUUAUUUAAUGUAUAUUUUAUA